CGGUAGGGCUGGUAGAAACUCCUGCUUGAAGACCUAGAGAGCCUUAUGAGUUUAUUGGCUAUUUCCUUAGGUUCUUCCUAUGGAGUGGUCAGGUCACCUUUAUUAGGGCUAGGCUGGCACCUGGGAUGGGAAAAACCUGGAGCCGUUUUGAGUACACGGUUUCUUAGGAUCUGAAUGCUGCCUCAAAUUUUGUGUUGCAGUUUCUUUCCCGUCCUUUCCUCCGCCUUUACUGAGCUGCUUCCCGAAGCCCCAUCCGAACUUCGAAGGCGCGGCUUUUUUCUUCCUUACAGCGACGGAACUUCUCGCGCUCACAAGUGCUUUUUCUCCGCUCCCCCCGCGGGCAUUGGGCAGGGCUCCGUGACGUCACGGGAGGAUAGGAAGAGGCCGGCGUGCCAAGGAAGCCGGAAGCUAGGAAAACUUCAGGUCGCGCGGCGAGGUCGCUUAGGGGAGAACGGCAGGGCGCGCCCUGGAUGCAAGGCGGGGGCAGGAGGGAGAGAAAAGGGAGGCGGAGCCUGCAAAGAUUCCAACCAAUCCUCGUUGGCCAAGGAGGAGCACGUUGGGUUUGGGAGCUGCUCCCCCCCCCCGCCCAACAAGAAUUCCUUUUUUGCACCUUGGUAGCGGGGAAGUUAGAACGCGAGGAGAAGUCACUGGAUGCGCAUCGGUUGCAAACGGGCGGAGGAGAUCUGGGUACCCGGGUAGAGGCGAAGCAAGUUGCAGGAAGGGAAGAACCUCGCUGCCGCCUGGCGCUUGGUUACAGGUGUCCGGAGGAGUCAGGAGGGAAAUCGCUGAGCGCCUGCCUCUCCCCUUUCGUUUCCUCCUCUCCCUCGGGUUUGCAAAAGGCUCUUUGCUGUCGCCUUGCCCCUCUGCCUCCGCAGCUCGUUUGCAAAAGUCCUCUUUGGGGAACUGGCUUUGAUGAGAACUUCCCCUGGAGUUCCCUGCCCUUUGCAUGCUGCGAGAGAGGUUCCCCACGCCUCUUUUUUCUCUGCCCUCCGGUCUUUGCGAGGGCGGGAGGGGCCAUUGCUGCUGCUGCCACCAUGAAACGUGGGAGGAAGAAAGUUAGAGGCCCGGAGGUGGAGGAUACCCUCUGCUGCUGCGAGUACCUGGAUCGGAAGGGCCAGAGGAGCCACCUGGCGGCGUGUUUCUGCGAGUGCGAGGACCUCGACGAGGGCUGUGAAAGGUGGCUGACUUGCAGAUCUUUGCCCCCGGGAACUCUAGAGAGAAUUGCAGACACCGUCACAGACCGCUUUCGCCUCCCGUGGCUUAGGGGGGCUGUCAAGGUCGAUAUCAGCCUCCUCCCGCCAAUCAUCCUGUUGCCUGUCUUCCUUCACAUAGCAGCUUUGCACCUCCUCUUGGCUCUUGUCAUCCUGAUAUCACUUCCUGUACUGGUGCUGUGGUAUUACUACCUCACACACAGGAAGAAGGGCCAGACUCUCUUCUUCUUGAGUCUAGGGCUGUUCUCCUUAGGCUACAUGUACUACGUGUUCCUCCAAGAGGUGGUACCCCGGGGCCACGUGAGCACCAGCCAGGUGAUCCUUCUCACCUGCGGCUUAAUCCUCAUGCUGGUGGCCCUGUCUCAAGCCAAGAGAGACCCUGGCUACCUUCCCUGCCAAACGAGCAGUGACAAAGCACUUUGCCAAGGCGGCAACGUCAACAAUAACAACAUCUCAAACAGGAAUGACCUGGAGAGCUCCAAUGGGCUUUACAGAGCAGCUGUGCCUGACAUUGCAAUGAAUAGUUACCCUGAGGGCUAUGCCAAUGUCUUGGAAGCAGGGACAGGUGGGAUCACGGAGGACUGGUGCACCAAGUGUCACUUGGUUAGGCCAGCCCGAGCUGGGCACUGCCGGAUAUGUGGCAGGUGUGUGAAGAGACUGGAUCAUCACUGUGUCUGGAUUAACAGCUGUGUUGGGGAACAGAACCACCAAGCCUUUAUCCUUGCACUCUCCCUUUUUCUGCUCACAUCAGUGUAUGGGAUUUCUCUGACUUUGGACACCAUCUGUAGGGGGAAGGCUACCAUCAAGGCACUCUUCUACUGUCCUGGUGUCUAUGGAGACUACAGUUCUGCCCUUUCGUUCACCUGUGUGUGGUAUUGUACCAUUGUAACUUCCGGCAUGGGCUACAUCCUUCUCAUCCAGCUCUUGAACAUCAGCUACAACGUGACGGAGAGGGAAGCUCGAAUUGCUUUGAAGGAGAACACUGGGCGGAGGCUGUUAUGUGGCAUGGUGGUUGACACAGGCCAGUACCAUCGGGGCAUUCUGCACAAUUGGAUCCAGUUCUUGACCUUGCGCUCAUCCGAUCUGCAGCGCUCCACCGAAGACAUUGUAUGAGAGCAGCUUCCUAUCAGUCACAUUUAGUUAACUGAUCAUCCACACCUGAAGUCAUUACAGGGACAGGUAGUUCUCAUCUCUUAAGCCAUAUUUUAAGAGCAACGUUUUCUCAGAAACACGCGAUAUUCCAAAUGCUGGGCGCGAAUGACCUGGUUCAUGGGGGUGCCUAUGUAUGUUAGCCUCUUAAGUGCUCACCUGCUUAGCCACAGCCGGCUACCAGUUUUGGAUUAGCGUCUCAGUCUACAGUUCUAUGCGCUUGUGCCAAUGGACUGUGUACAUAGCUGUUUACAAGGAUUAUACACAUUAACUGUCAGGAACAUUCCUGACAUUAACCUGGCAAAGAGGUCACUGCUGUUGGGUUGCGGUGCUGAAGAGGUAGUGUAUUUUUUAAUUCUAGAGGUUUGGGAAACUUCAUGUGCUUGUGCGGACUAAUCUUAAUGUACCGCAAGGAGGUUCAUCUGGCCAUGAGCUUUUAUUUUGUGCUUGUCAGUGGUGAUGAUGGCCAUGGGUAGCAUCAAAAAGGGGGCUGCUCUGCACUUCCAGAAAGAGACCUGAAAUGCACUCUAUAUAAAGGUUUUUCUCCCUGCUGGUGGUAUGUAGGAAGUGUGCAGCAGGAAUAAAUUAAGGGUGGGGAAAUGAAUAAAAGUCUGGCUGGAUCAUUAUGGUAAUCCACACUGAUGGUGGUGUAUUAUGCUGUUAAGACCUAAGAUUGAGACAUGGGCAAAAGGUAAAGAGCCUAGCUUUACUAGCCAAAGGGUAGCUAAUGUGGUACCCUGAAGAUGUUGCUGGCCAACAUCCCUCAUCACCCUUGAGACCCUGGCCAUGCUGGCUGGAGGUGUGCUUUGCAAGGACUAGUUUCUUGCUAAGCCAACAGUUGAUUAUACGUCUAGCAUUCUUCAGGGAAGUUGAAAGGAUUACCUCAUUGAUGUACUGGAAAAAAUAAAGCACAUUUAUAUGAAGGAAAUGUUGCCAUGGAAUGUGGCAAUAAAUGGACUCAUGCAGAUUUUUAGAGGUUUCUUAAAUACUCUUGCACAUUGCAGCACAUAAGUGGGAGGUAAUGCCUACCCAUUUUAAACUGAAGAUUUCAGGGAGUCAUAGAGUUGGAAGGGAUCCUGAGGACCAUCUAGUCCAACCCCCUGCAGUGCAGGAAUAUGCAGCUGUCCCAUAUGGGGAUCAAAUGUGCAACCCUGGCGUUAUCAGCACCAUGCUCUAAGCAACCGAGCUAUUUUUCUUCCAGUGUGGCUAUAGUUUCAAGCUAAUCUUCCGGACAGAAAUAGCUUCUUUCAUAAGUAUACGGAAAGGUUGAAGACACACUAUUUACUCUGGAGGAGGUGCAAAGGGUAUGUACCAUAUUGGCCUGAAUAUAAGCCUCACUUUCCCCCCAAAUUCUGACCGUGAGAAGUUAAAGUGCGGCUUAAAUUCGCGACAUUACAAAAAUUGGCUUUUACGAUAUCGCUGCUGAAACAGACGUACGGUAAAACGGAAUGGGUGUGAGUGCGGAAUUUGAAGGGAACGGCUUAUAUUCAUGUAUUUUUUUCCUUUUUUCUUCUCCCUCCCCCAUUAAUUUUAAAGGUGCAGCUUAUUCGGGUGUGGCUUAUAUUCGGGCCAAUAUGGUAAUAACACUUGGUUGGGCUGUAUCUAGUAUGGUGCACAAGCUUCCCUUUCACCUGCUUAAUCUUUCUCAUCCUUUCUGUGCCUCACUGGAGGGUUAAGGGGGCUCAUGUGAACAGAAUUCCUUUUAAAAGCUCUUCUGUAUUGCACAAUUAGACACCAGUGAAUUCUUAAGGACUCGAUUUCCUGUGUUGCUGUCACAGUGGUGUCAAAGUCAAACCCAUGCAAUAUGAAAAUGCUACUGUGAGCCGUGUUAGGAAUAAACCUGAUGCAUUUAUACUUUUCAGAAUACUUUUUUUUUGUAAAGGUGUCAAGUGACUGGACCAAGACAUCUAGAUAUUUCCUUCAUCUCUUUAAAAUGGCUAAGUAAAAAUUGAUUCUUCCCAACAGGCCAAUGAUAUUUCAGCCUCUCCUUGUUUUUAAUGGUGCUUUUUUCUUUCAAAGUAGAUUGCUUUCAAGUGUCUUAAAAUAAUUUGCUACGAGAGCGUUUUCUCUAGAGCAAGUAAUAACUGCCUACUGUCCAGUGUCUUAAUCAUGUGUUAUUGUGACUUUUAAUCUUGAUCUUGAAUGUAUUUAGCCUCUGCAGGGCAGGAUGGUGCAAUUACAAAUGUUUUCCUAUCAUAUUUUAAGUGACAUUUCUUAUUCCUCUGCCAAGCUCUACUGUAUAGGACUUGAAUUCUAUUUAAAAACCUUGCUGCAGCUCAUGUUUUAUCAGUUUGAUGGCAGUGUGGAGAAUAUCUGAAUUGCAUCUCUCUUAAUUUUCCUCCAACCCCAGGUAUUUGGAAAAUUGUGAGAUAUUUUAUUAUGUGCCCUGCAUUUGAGAUCAGUUGUUACCACAGUUAAAUAAAAUUUUGUUUUAAAAAUAA